UUCUUUGUUUAGCGAAUUCACCUGCAAAUUGUUUAUAGGUAUUAAAUGUCAGUGACGAAUGACGGCUUCAAAAAAAAUAUUAAAAAAAAAAAUGUCGGGGAAGAUUUUGAUGAUAGGGGAUCUCAUACACAUUGAAAGAACCAAUGGGGACCACCAAAUUGCCAUAGUCUCGGAAAUCGAAUACGAUUCAGACUGCCUCAAAGUUGAAUGGCAGCAAGAUGACGAGACCAAGUGUAAAGAAAUCCAUUUUAGCCAAGUGAAAAAGUUAAACCCCACUGUGGUACUGUUGGAACCUCUAAAUCAAAGCACAUAUAACCGCGUAGAUCAAGAAACAGUAAUGGAACCCUACAGAGUAUCGAGAAGGAGAGUGCACUCGUCCAUAUCCAGGUUUCAGUAUGAUGAUAAGCCUCACAUGUCAGUAAAUGUUAAAAAAAUUGGAGUCGAGAGUAAGGCUACUAGCAUUACUACAAAUUCUGCUGUUCAGACAGCGGCAGCUUCUAGCAGUAAAAUGAAUGAGACUUUAGGAAAGCCUGCAAUGAUUGAACAAAACAGGUUGUGUGGCAAACAGAAACAAGCAGAAACUAAAACCGAAAAGGACAAACCUAUACGCAAACAUAUCAGCAACUGCCAAUGGCAGCUUAGAAGUAAGAUCCAAGAUUAUAGAAGGAAAAUCGAAUGGAAACCUUUGUCCCACCAAGACGAUAUUGUAGAACAUCUUAUUACUGUGGCAGUAAGGAAGCGUCGAUUGAACAAAAGCGAAAUUGCCAAACAAGAAAUUGACAUUAUUACAGUGCCUACCAAAAAUAAAAUAAUUGUCCACGAACCAAAAAACAAAGUAGAUUUGACCAAAUAUCUAGAAAACCACAAUUUCAUAUUUGAUUAUGCCUUAAACGAAUAUUGCUCCAAUGAAAUGGUAUACAAGUACACUGCUCAACCUUUAGUCAAAACAGUAUUUAAUGGAGGCUAUGCCACUUGUUUUGCCUAUGGACAAACAGGCUCAGGAAAAACUUACACUAUGAGCGGACACUUUGACACCCCAUCAGAACAAGGCAUUUAUGCCUUAACAGCCAACGACAUCUUCAAAUUCGCCAAAGCCUCUAAAUACCGUCAUCAUAAUUUCAUAGUUUCUUGUAGCUUUUUUGAAAUUUACAUUAAAAAAGUCUUCGAUUUAUUGAACAAUAAAGAAAUAUUGAAAAUUCUUGAAGAUGGCAAUCAGCAAGUGCAAAUUGUUGGUCUAACGGAAAAAGUUGUUGGUUCAGUAAAUGAAGUUUUGGAUUUAAUUUAUCAAGGCCACGAAGAAAGAGCCUGUGGCCAAACAUCUGCUAACACCCAAUCGUCUAGGUCCCACGCAGUAUUUCAAUUCUACUUGAGAAGUCAAGUGAACCCUGGAGUCGUUUAUGGGAAAUUUUCUUUAAUAGAUUUAGCUGGUAAUGAGCGAGGAGCUGACACAUUUUCCUCCUCAAAAAUCACUCGUUUAGAAGCCUCUGAAAUCAAUCAAAGUUUAUUGAGUCUAAAAGAGUGUAUUAGAGCUCUGGGAAGGAAAGGAGCUCAUCUUCCUUUCAGAGGCUCCAAACUGACACAAGUCUUAAGAGACUCUUUCAUCAGACAUAAUUCAAACACUUGCAUGAUUGCCAUGAUAUCGCCAGGAGUUGGCUCAUGUGAAAACACUCUUAAUACAUUAAGAUAUGCGGAUAGAGUUAAAGAAUUAGGAGCAGGGGAUGCUAAUAAUUCAAAAUCAGAAAUAAGUCUUAGAGAUUUUUCUGAGAAGUCAAACCUAGAUGAACCUAAUAUGAUAAGACAUAUAGAGGAUGAAAAGUUGUUGAAGCAUAACCAAGAAUUGGUAAGAGUUUUGGAGAAAUAUACGACUGAAGCCGAAAUUUUGCUGCAAGUGAAUCAAGAGGAUUGCGAGACGUAUCUUGAAAAUUUGAAAACUAUUGUUAUUGAUAGUAUAGCUUCUUUAAUAAAAAUCAGAAAUAGUUUAAAGUAUUUUGUAGUUUUGGGAAAGUUUUAUUAUCUUAUCAUAGGUAAAUAUGUAGUAACUUUUAUUAUGACCAGGGCCUUAUAGUAAUUAUUGCAUUAUAUAUUGCUAGAUACUUACUUGUCUUAGCCCUACAAAGAUUCAUGAUCUUUUGGAAUCUGUAUCUGUAUUCUAUCUGGAUCUUUUGGCAACAAUUUUCAAACAUUUAGAUACAUUUUCUUGGUCAACAAUUACUUGUUUAGAAGCCUCAGAUAUCAAUAAAAGUUUGUUGCGUUAGGAAGUCUAGGAAGAAACGAAUCAGGAAUAGAAAACGCUUUAUUGACUAAAGAAAAAACUCAUUAACAAAGCUUGAAACAUA